AGACAAGUUUCUGCUUCUGGUCGCCUCUGAACCUCCGACACUCCGCGGUGUAUCAAGCUGCGGCGGCCGCGGAGCCGUUCGAAGGGGUAGUGCUGAGUGCUGUCAGUAUUGACCAGGCGUCUUCGAGUAGUUCUUUCAGCCCAGUUGCUCCGUGACGAGUCCACAAGUUCUCACGCCUCACUUCUAAGCAAGCUGUUCAUCCCUCCUCCACCUCCCUGCUCCUCACCUUUGUUCCAGCCCGCACAUUUUCUCAACGCCGCCACCUGUGUGCUCGCAGAGACCCGGGCGGAGCCACGGUCCGGACCCAUGACGUCACCCCUCCGCGAUGGAGGCGGGGCUGUGGGAAACGCAGUGCAGCGCAGAGGGGCGGGGCGGGGCUUGCGGCGCGUGACCUGGCUGCGGGAGGCAGCAACCCGGAGAAAGGUGUAGGGGGGCCGGGACCUGCCGACUCCUGAGUCUGGGGGCGGGGCGGGGAGUGGCAGGGCCCGGGCGGCCGGAGCCCGGUGAAGCGCUAAAACGGGUCACGCUUCCUCCUUCCCUCCCCGUCCUUUCUUCUCCUCCCACCUGGGCCUCUGCGUGGGGACGCGCACCUGGCAACCAGCGGCCGCGCUCCGCCGCGCCCCCACCUUCUCCGCUCGGGCCGGGCGCCCCGAGCCUGCCCCGCACUCCGAGCUCGCCCCCGGUUCCCGCCCCUCUUCUCUCUACCGGCCCCGCGCUCGCAGGGGGCGGCCUCGAGCGCUCGCUCGUUGAUGCCGUUUUGGGGGUGACCCGGCGCGGCGGGAGGCGGCGGCGGCGCCUCCACGGUGGGGGCGUGUUAGUGGCCGCGGCUUUGCGGGACGUCGGGUGUGUAGCUGCGGGGUGGCAGGGCGGCCAGCCGGCGAGACCGCGCGUGCAGCUCGGGUUUCGGGACGCUGGAGGAGAGCGCCACGGCCGCGCGGGAGCGGGACAUGUGGGAGCUCAGGCACCGGGGAGGCUGCCCCGGCCCCGGGGGAGCGGUGGCGCCGCCACCCCGCGAGGGAGAGGCGGCCGGCGGCGACCACGAAACCGAGAGCACCAGUGACAAAGAAACAGAUAUUGAUGACAGAUAUGGAGAUUUGGAUUCCAGAACAGAUUCUGAUAUUCCCGAAAUUCCACCAUCCUCAGAUAGAACCCCUGAGAUCCUCAAGAAAGCUCUAUCUGGUUUGUCUUCAAGGUGGAAAAACUGGUGGAUUCGUGGAAUUCUUACUCUAACUAUGAUUUCAUUGUUUUUCCUGAUCAUCUAUAUGGGAUCCUUUAUGCUGAUGCUUCUUGUUCUAGGCAUCCAAGUGAAAUGCUUCCAUGAAAUUAUCACUAUAGGUUACAGAGUCUAUCAUUCUUAUGACCUACCUUGGUUUAGAACACUAAGCUGGUACUUUCUACUGUGUGUAAACUACUUUUUCUAUGGAGAGACUGUAGCUGAUUAUUUUGCUACAUUUGUUCAAAGAGAAGAGCAACUUCAGUUCCUCAUUCGCUACCACAGAUUUAUAUCAUUUGCCCUCUAUCUGGCAGGUUUCUGCAUGUUUGUGCUGAGCUUGGUGAAGAAACAUUAUCGUCUGCAGUUUUAUAUGUUCGCAUGGACUCAUGUCACUUUACUGAUAACAGUUACUCAGUCACAUCUUGUCAUCCAAAAUCUGUUUGAAGGCAUGAUAUGGUUCCUUGUUCCAAUAUCAAGUGUUAUUUGCAAUGACAUAACUGCUUACCUUUUUGGAUUUUUUUUUGGAAGAACUCCAUUAAUUAAGUUGUCCCCUAAAAAGACUUGGGAAGGAUUCAUUGGCGGUUUCUUUUCCACAGUCAUCUUUGGAUUCAUUGCCGCUUACGUGUUAUCCAAAUAUCAGUACUUUGUCUGCCCAGUGGAAUACCGAAGUGAUGUAAACUCCUUCGUUACAGAAUGUGAACCCUCAGAACUUUUCCAGCUUCAGAGUUAUUCACUUCCUCCCUUUUUGAAGGCAUUGUUGAGACGGGAAACAAUAAGCUUGUAUCCUUUCCAGAUACACAGCAUUGCUCUUUCCACAUUUGCAUCUUUGAUUGGCCCAUUCGGAGGAUUCUUUGCCAGCGGAUUCAAAAGAGCUUUCAAAAUCAAGGAUUUUGCAAACACCAUUCCUGGACAUGGCGGGAUAAUGGACAGAUUUGAUUGUCAGUAUUUGAUGGCAACUUUUGUGCAUGUGUACAUCACAAGUUUUAUAAGGGGUCCAAAUCCCAGCAAAGUGCUACAGCAGUUGUUGGUGCUUCAACCAGAACAACAGUUAAAUAUAUACAAAACGCUGAAGACUCAUCUCAUUGAGAAGGGAAUUCUACAGCCCACCUUGAAGGUAUAACUGGAUCUGGAGAGGGAAGGACUGACAGUAAAGAAUUCUACAGGAAAGCACUGACAGAUGACAUUUUGUAAUUGUACAGAAAAAUGUCGAAAAUGCAAUAGAUUGAAGUUUUACAGACAUGAAUGUUUCUUCUCUGAAAUUACUGUGAAUAUUUAACACUUACUUGAUCUAAGUUAUGAAAUAAGUAGCAAAUGCCAGGCAAAAUAUCCUGUACUUUUUCUAAGUGUAUUUUCUGAUGUUAACUUCCUUCCCAUUACUUGCUAGGUUUCAUCACUUAAAAGACUUGUGUUUUAAAGAGUCACAACACUAUGAGUAAAUUGAGGAUGUCUUGAGAUUGCACCUGGCAGAGUGCCCUUUGCACAAAUAUUUACUUUUGUAGUCUGAGUGGCUCUUCAUUUCAGCAAAAUGUUUUAUGUAAGGCACGAUAGGAAGUUAGUUCUCCUCUACUUCCUCCUCUUUCAGUCUGAAGUAUUUUCUGAAGGGCUGAGUUGGAUCCAAAAAAGAAAGACUGUCCACUUUCAAAGAAGUAAGUAAUCAUUUGCCAGGGAAAAACAUUCCACUUUUAGGUAAGUUUGAAAUUCAAGAGAGAGGCUGAAGUUUCUACCAUUAUUGGUUUGCCAGAAAGAGCAGACAUCAGACUCUGCUUUGAUUGAAUUGUCUGGAAAAACAUAACCUUCUCAAAAACUUUCAAGAGAAACACAGGAGAAUUCUGCUAUGAAGAACAUAUGUUCCCAUCCUCCACCCAUGAUCACAACAGACAGUAGCUCAGGAGGCAGCACUGGAUGAUGACACAUGCAUAGCCCACCUCUUGGUUGAGUUCUCCACUUUUGUUUCCCUGUGAACUGGUUUCCAUAAGUUCUGUAGCCACGAGCAUCAGUACAUAGGGUAGUGAGUAGGGGUGGUGAAUGAGGCAGAGCAGGGGGUGCUCAGCUGAGCGAGAGUGACCCGUCCCUGGAUGCGGCUCAGCACACCUGGGUCCUAGGCACCUACCUCUUGGUUCCCGUGAAGCCCACUGGACCCUCACCUGGGAAGAAGCGAGAUCUGCCUGGAAACCAAUUCCCAGACUAACUCCAUGGUAGCAGCUAAUUAUUGUCACAUUCUUCUUUCACAUCAUGUCAGAAAAUCUGAGGCCAUCAGCUGAUUUUUUUUUUU